CAAAGCACCAAGUAAUGCCCACAAUAUGGAAUAUGGAUCAUUUAUACAACGUAACCUUCCUCCUGGCCUCAAAUGCACACAUCAACCUAACCUACCCUUCCCUUCUUCUUCACCUAGCUUUCUCCUCCUCUAUGUUUAUCUAUCUUUUAAUUAAUUUGUUGCACACACCAAAUUCAAUUCCUCCCUCACUUGUUAGGCUAUGGCAGACUACUCUACCCGAAGAAAUUCGAAUACACAGCUCUUGCAAGAGCUGGAAGCCCUGAGUGAGUCACUCUAUCAGACCCACACUUCAACUACUCGAAGGACUGCAUCCUUAGUGCUUCCUAGGACAUCACUUCCUCCUACCUUAACUGCUGCUGAUGACGACGAUGUUUCUGUUAAGAAUGAGGAGAAGAAGAUCAACCCGAAGCCUCGCUCCAGGCGCAUGUCAUUGUCCCCGUGGCGCUCUAGGUCGAAGCAGCUUGAUGAUGAUUCAAGCGAGCAGAAGAAGGAGCUCACAAAGGCUGCAACUCAGAAGGAGAUUAAGAAGCUAGAUGACAAAGCUGAUACUUCAGAGAAACGAGGGCUUCUGAGCUGGAAGCCGAUUCGAGCUCUCUCCCACAUUGGUAAGCAGAAGCUAAGCUGUCUGUUCUCUGUUGAAGUCGUGGCGGUUCAAGGCCUCCCUGCUUCAAUGAACGGGCUGCGCCUCUCAGUUUGUGUCAGGAAGAAAGAGACCAGAGAUGGGGCAGUGCAGACAAUGCCUUCCAGAGUUUCACAAGGAGCUGCUGAUUUUGAAGAGACGCUGUUCAUCAGGUGCAAUGUUUAUUUCACCCCGGGCACUGGAACACACAUGAAAUUCGAGCCAAGGCCAUUCUUGAUAUAUGCGUUUGCUGUUGAUGCUGAUGAACUUGACUUUGGAAAAAGCUCUGUGGAUUUAACUCAACUAAUUCAGGAAUCCAUAGAGAAAAGCUUUGAAGGUACGCGGAUUAGACAAUGGGACACAAGCUUCAGUUUGUCAGGAAAAGCCAAGGGAGGGGAGCUUCUUCUGAAGCUGGGGUUUCAGAUUAUGGAGAAAGAUGGAGGCAUUGGAAUUUAUAGUCAAGCAGAAGGGCAAAAGACAAGCAAGAAUAGAGACUACUCAUCAUCUUCGUUUGCCCGUAGGCAAUCAAAAACCUCCUUCAGUGUCCAAAGUCCAAGAAUCACUAGUCGAGCUGAUGGCAGGACUCCUUCACAGAAACUCAUACCUACAGAUUUACAAGGAAUAGAUGAGCUGAACCUUGAUGAACCUGCUGUGGCAAUUCCAGCAGCUCAAGAGUCUGUAAAGGAACCAGAUGAAAAGGCGGAAGAUCUAGAUAUCCCAGAUUUUGAUGUAGUGGAUAAGGGAGUUGAGAUCCAGGAAAAAGAUAGGGCGGAAGAUGAGCUAUCUGAAGAAAACUCAAACUCUGAUAAAAGGUCAGUCUCCAGCGAGGUCGUCAAGGAAAUUGUGCAGGAUCAGUUUUAUCUGACAAGAAUGACAGAGCUUGAUUCCAUUGCUCAGCAGAUAAAAGCCCUGGAAUCCAUGUUGGGAGAUGAAAGCUCAGUUAAAACAGAAGAAGAAACUCAAUCGCAAGGAUUAGAUGCAGAUGAAGAAACGGUCACGAGAGAAUUUCUUCAAAUGCUUGAAGAUUCAGACACAAACCAAUUCAAAGUUAAUCGACAAGCAUUGCAGCUAGAAGAAGAUGAAAACUCUGGAAAGAAAGAAUCAGAAGUUUUCUUACCAGAUCUUGGAAAGGGAUUGGGCUGCGUUGUUCAAACAAGGAAUGGAGGUUACCUGGCAUCCUUGAAUCCUCUAAAUGUUGCAUUGGCAAGAACAGACUCCCCAAAACUUGCAAUGCAGAUGUCAAAACCAUUAGUUCUUCCUUCGCACACAUCAGUGAACGGAAUUGAGUUAUUCCAGAGAAUGGCAGCUGCAGGAGUUGAAGAGAUGAGCUCUCAGAUUUUGGCUUCGAUGCCUAUGGAUGAACUCAUAGGAAAGACAGCAGAGCAGAUAGCUUUUGAAGGCAUUGCUUCAUCAAUUAUUCAAGGAAGGAACAAGGAAGGAGCCAGCUCAAGUGCUGCUCGCACCGUUGCUGUAGUCAAAUCCAUGGCAAAUGCAAUGAACAGCGGCCGGAAAGUAAGGAUUUCAACAGGAAUUUGGAAUGUGAGUGAAGACCCUUUGACAGCAGAGGAGAUUCUAGCAUUCUCAAUGCAGAAGAUAGAAGAAAUGACAGUUGAAGCCCUAAAAAUUCAAGCAGGCAUUGCUGAAGAACAGGCACCUUUUGAUGUUUCUGCAAUUAAUGUGAAAGAAAAAAGUCAUCCACUAGCACAUGCAGUUCCACUUGAAGACUGGGUAAGAGAUAACAGUGUAGCCACUUCCAAUGAUGAUAAUGGUAGCACAGAAAACAUAGCCAUAUUCGUUGUUGUCCAACUCCGAGAUCCAUUGAGGCAGUAUGAGGCAGUUGGAGGUCCCAUGAUAGCACUAAUUCAAGCAGCCCAUGCUGACAUGGGACCUGAUAACUAUGAUGAGGAGAAGAGGUUCAAAGUAGCAACCUUGCACGUUGGAGGUUUAAGAGUGAAGAGUGGAGGAAAGAAAAAUGUGUGGGACACUGAGAAGCAGAGGUUGACUGCAAUGCAGUGGCUGAUAGCAUAUGGACUGGGGAAGAUGGGGAAAAAAGGGAAACAUCAAGCUACAAAGGGCCAGGAAUUGAUAUGGAGCAUAUCCUCGCGUAUAAUGGCUGACAUGUGGCUCAAACCAAUAAGGAAUCCAGAUGUCAAGUUCACCAAGUAAACCACACAAUCCAUACUGUUUCUUUUCCUUUUACGUUUUUUCAGUCUAGUAAGUUGAUUUGUUGUUGUAUGGUAGUUUAAACAUUUCUUCACAGGCAAAAAGGGGUGGAAAACAAAGCUAUGGUCCAUUAUUAUCAUUACUCAUGCUAAUGAAAACUUGUAUAUUAGUAAAUUGUUUGUAGCUUGCUUCAAUAUCUUGAAUGUUAUCACAUAGCACCAGGUUUCUCAAAUAUA